GUGGUUCUCUGUAGAUUAGUGUAUGUUUUGGUUGAAUUUGAAGUUGAAAGUUAGGGUUUUUGGCUUACCGUUUUGAAAUGCGAGAUGUUCAGGGACCUGACAAUGCUAUCCCACUUUCACCACAGUGGCUUCAGCCAAAAUAUGGGGAGACUAAGCCAGGAGUGGGAACAGGGGAUAGCCAUCCCAGCCCAUAUCCAGCUCAUGGAAAUCGCACUGACAUCUCGAAGCCAACUGGAAAUGAUGGGGAGAUGCAUGAUAUCCCAAAGAAGAAGGAUGUUUUCCGACCAUCAUCCUUGCUUGAUAUGGAAACUGGUCGCCGUGAUCGCUGGCGUGAUGAAGAACGGGACACCCAUUCUUCCAUGCGCAAAGAUCGCUGGAGGGAUGGAGAUAAAGAGCUUACUGACACCCGCAGGAUGGAUAGAUGGCCUGAUAACUUGUUAACACGGCACUUUGGAGAAGCACGCCGUGCUCCAUCUGAGCGGUGGACUGAUUCUGGUAACAGGGAUUCUAAUUAUGAUCAACGACGUGAGAGCAAAUGGAACACGCGCUGGGGACAUGAUGAGAAAGACACAGAAAGUUUGCGUGACAAGUGGACAGAUUCUGUCAGAGAUGGUGACACAUCUCUGGAUAAAGGGUUGUCUCCUCUUCCUAGUUACGGGAAGGAUGAGCGAGAGGGGGAUCAUUAUCGGCCAUGGAGAUCCAACUCUUCUCAGAGCCGAGGAAGAGGAGAGCAUCUUCAUCAUCAAACACUAACACCAAACAAGCAGGUUUCUACAUAUCCCUAUGGCAGAGGACGUGGAGAAAACACUCCUCCAACAUUUUCUGCUAGUCGUGGAAGGGGGAUUUCUGGUGGGAACUCAAUGACUGCCAUUUCACAUCAUCAGUCUAUGGUAAUCAUAUCAGACAAGCCUGAAAGUGGCCAGGGGGAAGCCUCCCCUUUAAGAUAUGGUAGGACAAAAUUGCUUGACUUGUACAGGAAAACUGACGUUAGAGCUCAUCAAAAACUUUUGGAUGGGCUUGUAUCAGUGCCUUCUCUUACACAGAAUGAGCCUCAGGAACCUCUGGCUCUUAGUGCUCCCAAUUCUGAGGAAAUGAUUGUCUUGAAGGGAAUUCUACAGGGAGACAUAACAAGUAGUGGUGCGGCUCAGAUUUCUAAAGAUGGAUCAAUGGGACGGAACUCUAUGGAUUAUUCUCAAUCAAGACAAGCCAAGAUUGGGAGCAAAGAAGAUUUGCAGUUAGCGCUUGAGGACUGCAAAGAUGAGAAUGAUACUUCAAAAGGUGGUUAUGCCAAUUAUUCUGAGGUUUCAUCUCUUGGAAAGCUUAAAGGAUACACUGAUAUUAGAUUUAAAGCUGAAGCUAGGGAUGAUGGUGGUCCUUAUAGAAAGGUUGAUGAAAUGUCCAUCGGCAGGGAAUCAAGUGUGCCGGUAAUGAACUCUUCUAGUCCUAGCUCUAUUUGGCGGGCAUCAUCAAUGGGUGAACAACCAAAUGCUGUGUCACAUGAUUGGAAGGAUAUCCCGGGUGAUGUCCAGUCAAGAAGAUCUGAUAUGAGCUGGUCGCAACCACAGAAAGAUCCAGUUAACCAAGAAAGUAAUAUCACAAAUUCAUUUUAUUCCAAAGAUGAAGCAAAUUGGCAAAUUAGUGGGGAUCCCAUUAUAAAAAGGCAGCCAUCUGGGGUUUUGGAAAGGGAACUUGAAGCUAGAAAGCUGCCACAGCUUGCUCCAGAGGAGCUAGUCCUUUUCUACAGAGAUCCUCAAGGUGAAAUUCAAGGUCCUUUUUCUGGUAUUGAUAUCAUAGGAUGGUUUGAGGCUGGAUAUUUUGGGAUAGAUCUGGAAGUUCGGCUUGCUAAUGCACCCAAGGAGUCACCAUUUAUUUCACUUGGUGAUGUUAUGCCCCACUUGCGAGCUAAAGCUCGACCACCACCUGGAUUUGGCAGUUUAAAACAGAGUGAACUUACAGAUGCAUCAAGCAGGUCAAAUUUUAGUAGCUUUGGAAAGGUUCAUGCUGGUGUAAGUGAAGUUGAUAUGGUCAGAAAUGAGCCAAGGGUUAGCCACAGCUCAACCACAGAAGCAGAAAAUAGGUUCUUGGAGUCUCUAAUGUCCAGUACAAUGAGCAAUCCAGCUCAAGGUCUGCAAGGCUACAUUGCAAAUAAUUCAAUUAGCAAUAGCAUGCCUGUGUCUGGAGUAGAAAGUGGAAGUGAUCUCUACCUCUUGGCUAAGAAAUUGACAGUUGAAAGACAGAGGUCUUUGCCAAAUUCUUAUCCUUAUUGGCCGGGGAGAGAUGCUGCACCUAUUGUAUCAAAGUCGGAUAUUGUCUCUGAUUCACCAGUACCACAUGCAAAAUUGCUGUCAUCAAUGACUGACAACUCUCUUCAGCCUUCUCACUCUCAAAAUGCUGAUUUGAUGUCCAUCCUCCAGGGAUUAUCUGACAGAUCUGCUGCUGGCAUAAAUAAUGGUGUUGGUGGUUGGUCCAAUUUUCCUGUCCAAGGUGGAUUGGAUCCACUUCAGGAUAAGAUUGAGUUACCCCAUUCUCCAAGUUUUCCUCCACAAGCUACCUUUGGGAUCCAACAAGCGAGGCUGCAAUCACAAAACCCAACCUCUUUGCCAAAUUUGCUUGGUCAAACUACAGAUAAUCCAUCUGGUAUUUUAACGCAGGAAAAGUUGAUCUCUUCAGGUUUAUCCCAAGACCAACAACUGCUGAAUAUGUUGCAGCAGCAGUAUUUAAUUCAAUUACAGUCUCAGGCACAAGUUCCAACCCAGCAACUGUCUGUGUUGAAUAAACUCUUGCUGCUUAAGCAGCAACAGAAACAAGAGGAGCAGCAGCAGCAGCUAUUGCGGCAACAACAGUUGCUUUCUAAGGUCUUAGUUGAGCAGCAUUCUCACCAGCGUUUUGCUGAGUCCUCUUAUGGACAGUUACAUGCUGCUGCGGUGCCUCUAGGGAAUGCAUCUUCAGAUCCCACUAGGCUUCAAACAUCACAAGAUUUGCUUCAAAUUGGUUCUCAAAUACCACUUGCAAGUGCUAAAGAUGAGCUUGAUGCUAACAUCAAAAUGCAUCCACAAGUUACCCAGGAUGUCAUCCACACUGUCAUGCCUGAUGGGUCCAUACAUUUGCCACACCAGGUUUUUGGGAAUACAAGUCAUCAGAAGAGCUGGGAAGCUACUACCUUGGAGCAAAUUAAUGAUAUGCAACAGGAGGAAUCUUUACCUGCACCAACAAUUGUUGAAAGCUCACCCUUGUCAGGAUCGACAACCUUAUCUUCCCAGGAGCCUUCUCUUUUCCAAAAACCGGCCCUUCCAUCUGAUUGUCACUCCUUUAUGCCAGACCAUCAAUCAUUGGGUUUGCAGAAUGUUGAAACUGCCCCAACUGAAACUGCACUACAUACUAAAGAUCGUGUGCCUGUGGAGCAUCCUGUAGUUCCUGCCUCUGCACCAUCAUUGAGAACUGGUAAGAUUGAAACUCUUGUUUCUGAGAACAUCAACAAAGAGACUUUUCAGCCAGUUGUUGCUGUUGAGGAACUGGAAGUGGAGAAAGAAGGAAGCAAUGACCAGCGCGCAGUGGUUUCACAAGCUAAGAGUGUUGAUGUGCGUGAGGUAAGAAAGGCUUCUGAAAAGAAAUCCAGAAAACAAAAAUCCAGCAAGUCGCAAUGUUCUGACCAGGCAAAGGGGGUUUCCCAAGCUUCCUCUUCAUCUCAAUCAAAGCAAUCUGAACUCCAAGGAUCAACUGUUGGUGACACUAAUGUUGCACAUCUUUAUGGAACAUCACCACAAAAGACAUUAGAUAGCAAACCUGAUAUUGCAACCAUUGGAAUGGGGGGUUCUGAUUAUGUUAAAAGUCCAUUGACUGCUACUGUUGCUGGUGUCAAUGUUGAGACAACGGAAGUCCAAGGUGACUCCAGGCUUUCUUCUGGUUCUGUCUCAGGCCAGAGUGCACCAACACAUCCCAUUCAAAGUGCUUGGAAGCCUGCUCCAGGUUUCAAGCCAAAGUCAUUAUUGGAAAUUCAACAGGAAGAACAAAGGAGGGCACAAGCCGAAACGGCUGUACUGGAGGUUACAACAUCUGUCAACUCCAUGAGUUUGCCAACUCCAUGGGCUGGAGUUGUGGCCUCUUCUGAACCCAAAGUUUCUCAAGAAAAUCAAAGAGAUGCAACUAUUUCUGAGUUGAAUCUGGGAAAACCCAAAAACUCUGCAAAUCCAAGUAAAAAGAGCCAGUUGCAUGAUCUCUUGGCAGAAGAAGUUUUGUCAAAGUCUAGCGAGAGGGAUAUUGAACUUCCAAAUAGUUUAUCUAGUUUGUCUUCUCAACAGGUUACAAGUACAAAUACAGAGGCUGUUGAUGAUGAUAACUUUAUUGAGGCUAAAGAAACAAAGAAGAGUAGGAAAAAGUCUGCAAAAGUAAAGGGUGGUGGGGCAAAAGUCUCAGUUCCUGCUACUUCUGCUGAAGUGCCUGUUGGCACAAGUCCUGUUGAGAAAGGAAAAGGUUCCCGCCUUGUACAGCAGGAGAAGGAAUUAUUGCCUCCAGUUCCUUCAGGUCCUUCUUUAGGAGAUUUUGUUCUUUGGAAGGGUGGGGAUUCAGCAAAUCUGCUCCCUGCUCCUGCAUGGUCUACUGAAUCUAAGAAGCUUCCAAAACCUACAUCCUUGAGAGACAUCCAAAAGGAACAGGAGAAAAAGAAUUCUUCUAUCCAGCCCCAAAAUCAAAUUCCAACUCCUCAAAAGUCCCAGCCAAAUCAGGCCAUUCACAGUGCAUCAUGGUCCAUAUCUGCUUCUUCACCAUCAAAGGUUGCUUCUCCUAUCCAGAUAAAUUCCCAUGCAUCCCCUCAGUCAAAGUAUAAAGGAGAUGAUGACCUAUUUUGGGGCCCAAUUGAGCAGACAAAGCAAGAAACAAAAAAAGCUGAGUACCCUCUUCUUGCAAAUGCGAGCAGUUGGGGAGCCAAAAAUACUCCUUUAAAAGGACCUGCGAGUGGAUCCCUAAACCGGCAGAAGUCAACAAGUGGCUCAUCCUUGCCUCCUGCCCAGUCUUCUAUUAAAGGGAAGAAGAAUUCCUUGAUCAAGUAUUCAGAGGCCAUGGAUUUUAGACAUUGGUGCGAAAAUGAGUGUGUUAGACUUAUUGGGACGAGAGAUACAAGUUUCUUGGAAUUUUGUCUGAAGCAAUCCAGAUCAGAGGCUGAGACAUUCAUGGUGGAGAACCUUGGAUCGUAUGAUCCUAAUCAUGAGUUCAUUGAGAAAUUUCUCGACUACAAGGAUUUGUUACCAGCUGACGUACUUGAGAUGGCCUUUCAAAGUCGGAAUGAUCGAAACACCGGGAUAGGUGCUGGAGAAAUGAAUUCUGACAAUACAGGUGCUGAUGACUAUGAUCGAGAUAUUGUGGAUGGAUCCACCAAAGGAGGUGGCAAGAAAAAGGGAAAGAAAGGGAAGAAAGUGAAUCCAUCGGCCUUGGGAUUUAAUGUUGUGAGCAACCGAAUCAUGAUGGGGGAGAUUCAAACGGUGGAAGAUUGAAAGUGGUUUGAGAACUGUAAAUACAUUUUCCCUUAACUGUUUGUAAAUGUUGAAGUUAGGUUUCUUGGUUUCCAAGAUUUACAAGAGAGCCAAAUAUGCAGCAGCACUAAUUCAACCCUGCUCAAGCAAUUUUUGUGAUGUAACAAUUCCCCGUGUAAGAAUUUUUUUUUUAAUUAUUAUUCUGUUACUUUUCCACGGUCAACUUGAGCCAGUUUUACUUUUAUGAAAUCAAUCUAGUUUGGCACU